UUCGAGUUAUUAGUUUAAAAAUUAGUUUAAAAUUCUAAUAAAAUGGAACACGGCGAGGAAGAGGAUCCAAAAGAGUACCGCUGGGAAACCGGCUAUGAAAAAACUUGGGAGGCCAUUAAGGAAGAUGAUGAUGGUCUAUUGGAUAGUGCCAUUGCAGAGCUUAUACAAAAAGCCAAACGUAAAAGGCAACAACAAAAGACCAUGCAAAAUAAAUUGGGUAUGAUGCGUCAUUUGUAUUUGAUAUUGGACUGCUCGGAAUCCAUGUCAGUGCCGGAUUUAAAACCCACUCGUUUAUUAUGUACUCUAAAGCUUUUGGAAAUAUUUAUUGAGGAAUUUUUUGAUCAAAAUCCUAUAAGUCAAAUGGGUUUAAUAAUACUAAAGAGCAAAAGAGCCGAAAAGAUUACCGAUUUGACCGGUACUGCCAAAUUGCAUCUUAAAGCUUUGGAGGGAUUGAAAAAAAUUAACCUCACUGGUGAACCUUCUCUACAAAAUGGUUUGGAUUUAGCCUUAAAGACCUUGAAAGUUGUUCCUUCUCAUGCAUCCCGAGAAGUUUUAAUUAUAAUGGGUUCUUUAACCACCUGUGAUCCCAUAGAUAUUACCCAAACCAUAGACACUCUCAAACAGGAGGGCAUUAGAUGUUCUGUUAUAUCAUUAUCGGCUGAAAUUCAUGUUUGCCGCUAUUUAACCACUCAAACGAAUGGUACUUAUGGCGCUGUGCUAGAUGAUAGCCAUUAUCGAGAUCAACUUUUGUCCCAUGUCGAUCCACCACCAGCUGCCCAAGUACAAGAGAAUUCUCUUAUAAAAAUGGGUUUUCCUCAUGCCAAACAGGAUGAGGGCAAAGAUCCUCCACUUUCAAUGUGCAUGUGUCACAUAGAAAACACAGAAGAGCCCAGUAAACUUACCUCGGUGGGUUUCCAUUGUCCUCAAUGUUUUAGUAAAUACUGUGAAUUGCCUGUCGAGUGUCAAACGUGUGGUCUUACCUUAGUUUCAGCUCCGCAUUUGGCUCGUUCUUACCAUCAUCUCUUUCCGGUGCAACAUUUUACCGAGCUAAUGUAUAAUGGCCAGGCUGCUGUUUGUUAUGCCUGCCAAAAACCUCUAACGGAAGCUUCUGAUAAAAACGUCUAUCGUUGUGAGUCUUGUUCGCAAAUCUAUUGCAUUGAUUGCGAUAUUUUCAUACAUGAGACAUUGCACAUUUGUGUGGGUUGUAAUACUAUACCGGGAAUAGCUGCUCAGGUGCAUGCUAGAAAACCACAAGCUCCACCUCCGGGUAUGAUGAUGGUUGGAUCAUCUUUGGGUCAACGUUUUUAAAUGAUUUUUUUCUAUAAAAUAAAACAAAAGGUAAUAAAAGACA